CCAGAAAUCUAACAAUAUAGUGGACUGGAACCACCUAAGAACAUCAGAUUUAAAAGCAAUGUGUUUUAAGAAACUUAAAAAAAAGACUCUUGGAGGUACAGGAAUGGUUGAGGUUGAGGACAUUUAUCUUGAGAGUUGCCAAAGAAGAAGGUUGGACUGUGACAGGAAAAAUUCUAAAAUUGAUACUAAUGAAGGUGAUGAAUUUAAGAAUUUAUUAAUUGAAGCAAGAAAACAAAUGAAGUUACAAGGAGGAGACCUUGUACCUUAUAAUAGAAGAUCCUGGCAAACCAAAGACCAAAAAUUUGGUGCUUGGGGUUCAAGAACAAAUCAUUAUACCUCUUAUCUGUCUUCUUAA